AACGGAGAGAGAGAGAGGUGGCCCCGGAGCCCGGCGGACACUGCUGAGGUGUGGAGAGGUUUGUGCCCAGAAAUCAUAAUUAUUACCCAUUUCCACUCACUGGCAUCCGGUGUACCUGUGUGAAAUCAGAAAUAGGAUAUGCCAGUCGACUCCUUUCCCCGUCCGCGUGAGCGAGUGGCCGUAUGCGCUGCAGUAUCGAACAUUUAAAAAGUAGCUUGAUGAGAAUCCAAAGUAGUGGAAGUUUGGAGGGGACGCCAUCUUUGGUCCCAGCUCUCCACGUCCCCAACACGGACUGUGUGUUUUCAGCAGCAUACAACGGCAGUGCUGAAGGCCUAGGAAGGCACCAUGGAUGAGCUGCACAGCCUGGACCCCCGGAGACAGGAGCUACUUGAAGCACGGUUUAUGGGCGGGGUCAGUGGCAGCACAGGGGGCAGCACUUGCAGCACAAGUGUGGGAACCAAAGGAUUGACCAACAAUGAAUGUUCAAAUCAUAGUUUUGGAAGUCUGGGUUCUUUGAGUGACAAAGAGUCAGAGACUCCAGAGAAGAAACCAUCUGAAACGAGCAGAGGCAGAAAAAGAAAACCUGAAAUUCAGUCGGAGAGCAGCCAAGGAAAAUCAGCUGUGCGAGGACCCAAAAUAAGUGAUUAUUUUGAUUUCCAGGGAGGAAAUGGCUCCAGUCCUGUGAGAGGUCUCCCUCCAGUACUCCGUUCACCUCAGAACUCACAUUCCCACUCUGCUCAAGCCGCUGCUGUCCGACAAAAUAGCUCCUCUCCCACUAAUAUGUCUUUUGGGGACCACAUGACAAAUCCAAAGCAACUAGCAGUAAAAUUUGUUCAGACCGACCUUACAGUUUUGAAACUGGCUGCCCUUGAAAGCACAAAGAACCUAGAUCUUGAGAAGAAGGAGGGCAGAAUAGAUGACCUGCUGCGGGCAAACUGUGACCUCAGGAGGCAGAUAGAUGAGCAACAAAAAUUACUUGAAAAGUACAAAGAACGCUUGAAUAAAUGCAUCACCAUGAGUAAGAAGCUGCUUAUAGAAAAGAGCAACCAGGAGAAGCAGACUUGUCGAGAGAAGAGCAUGCAGGAUAGAUUACGUUUAGGUCAUUUCACCACAGUGAGACAUGGAGCGUCUUUCACAGAGCAGUGGACGGAUGGUUACGCCUUCCAAAACCUCGUCAAACAACAAGAGUGGAUAAACCAGCAGAGGGAAGACAUCGAGAGGCAGAGAAAACUUCUUGCCAAGAGGAAACCUCCAACCUCCAGCAGCUCUCAAACACCAACCACAAACUCUGAGCCAAAGCAACGCAAAACCAAGGCAGUAAAUGGAGCAGAAAGCGAUCCCUUUCUAAAACCCAGCCUACCUCAACUGCUAACUCUAGCAGAGUACCAUGAACAGGAAGAGAUCUUCAAACUGCGACUUGGACAUCUGAAGAAGGAAGAAGCUGAGAUCCAGGCUGAGCUGGAGCGCCUAGAGAGAGUGCGCAACCUUCACAUCAGGGAGCUGAAGAGAAUAAAUAAUGAAGACAGCUCCCAAUUUAAAGAUCACCCGACUCUAAAUGAGCGGUAUCUGCUCCUGCACCUUCUAGGGAGAGGGGGCUUUAGUGAAGUUUACAAGGCUUUUGACUUGAUUGAACAACGGUAUGCUGCAGUAAAAAUUCACCAACUAAAUAAGAACUGGAGAGAGGAGAAAAAAGAGAAUUACCACAAGCACGCUUGCCGAGAGUACAGAAUACACAAGGAGCUGGAUCAUCCCAGGAUUGUAAAACUUUACGACUACUUCUCACUGGACACAGACACUUUUUGCACCGUCAUGGAGUACUGCGAGGGCAACGACUUGGAUUUCUACUUGAAGCAGCAUAAGCUAAUGUCUGAGAAAGAGGCGCGUUCGAUCGUCAUGCAGAUCAUCAACGCACUAAAGUACCUAAAUGAAAUCAAACCCCCCAUUAUCCAUUAUGACCUUAAACCAGGUAACAUCCUGCUGGUGGACGGCACGGCUUGUGGAGAAAUAAAAAUCACAGAUUUUGGCCUUUCUAAAAUCAUGGAUGAUGAUAACUACGGCGUAGAUGGGAUGGACCUGACGUCGCAGGGGGCAGGCACUUAUUGGUACUUGCCUCCUGAAUGUUUUGUGGUUGGUAAAGAACCUCCAAAGAUCUCCAAUAAGGUGGAUGUGUGGUCAGUCGGCGUCAUCUUCUUCCAGUGUCUGUAUGGGAGGAAGCCCUUUGGCCACAACCAGUCACAGCAAGACAUUCUCCAAGAGAACACCAUACUCAAAGCUACUGAGGUCCAGUUCCCCGUAAAGCCUGUUGUCAGUAAUGAAGCAAAGGCCUUCAUUAGGCGGUGCCUGGCAUACAGGAAGGAGGAUCGGUUUGACGUUUUCCAGCUGGGAAGUGACCCCUACCUGCUUCCGCACAUGAGAAGGUCGAGCUCCUCUGGAAAUCUGCAGAUGAGUGCUGCCAGUUCUGGACCAGCUACAUCCAGUGUCAUUUCAUAUUGACAGUGUUGAACUGUGAGGGGGUGGGGGAAUAAAAAACGCUAACUGAUGACUGAAGUUGCACCUGGAGGGCUCUCUAGAGGCUUGGGAUUAUAAGAAGGAACCAGAGGAGACCUCUAGACCUGCACCAGGCUUCUGCUCAUUUACCAGAGCUGCAUCAGUGGAUGGACAUGGGAAGGAUGUUUUUAAAGGACUCAGGUGGUUCAGAAAAGAAGGGGGGGGGGGGGAAAGCACUGAAAAUGACUCUCCACUUGGAAGAAAAAGUGACUGAUAACCGUGUUUAGAUGUCGCAGAUGGAUAAAAACCCCUGAAAGGGGAUGAAGGGACUGACAUUUAGAUUUAAUAACAAGGUCCUGCCAGGAUGCAAAUUAUUCAGCUGCUAGAAGUUCAUUUACUGUGAGGAGUCAUUAAGUAGAAAUACACAAAUUUCACUCUUGAUUUGGACUUUUUGUUUUGUUUUUUUCACAAUUGUUCAGCUUUAGUUUGAGUUACUUAGCCAUGGGAAUGUCUGUGUGUAGCAUACAGGUGACAUCUAGUGUCAUGUAGGCUGGAGCAGCAAAUAUGUAAUGCACAAAGUAACCAAAUGUAUAAAAAUUAUGUGGGGGAAAAAACCCCUAUGCAGGAAUAUUAACAGAUAAAUUGGGAACUGUACAUGCUGUAUAGGUGAAUUACCAAUUUGAGCUGCAGCAGUAAUGAGAUGUACAGUUAAAACUUUUCCCAACAUUAGUUUCCUGGAGUGUUUUCAUUUUGCUGCUUUGUUGCUCUUCAAGGGCUGUAUGUUCUACUUUGGGUACAAAUUGUACAGUUCUAAGUGAAUAAUAAAUCCCAGGAAACUCAAA